CUCCAACUCUGCAAGCAACAGGGCAAGCGCAACUGCCUCGGCGUGAGUAGCGACGACACCUGCAUAAAUCUCAUCGGCGGUCCCUUUGUUUCCGGCUGGGCGGGCGGCCACUACCAAUGCACCAUCUACGCGGGGAGUGGGUGCACGGGAACUCGUGCCAUGGUCGAUCGUGAGGGCUGGAGCAAGUUCGAUUUCAAUGCUUGGAGCAUGAGGUGC